CUUCCUCUCUUCGCUCCUGGUCUCCCAGCCGGCGGCGGCAGAGGGAUUUUUAACCCGGGCUACAGAUGCGGGAUACAGGGCUGCAGAGUGAAAGAGACACUGGUAGUCCGUAGGGAAGUUGUGGAAAGGAGGCUCGGUGCAACAUUUAAACGCAUUUAAAAGAGUUUUUGGAGUUUGUUUUCGGCCCCUGCGGGCGGUAAAAUUGAAUUUGAGGAAAAGUUUACUUUUUGGCUUACAUCCGUGUGGUGGUCAUGGGUUCCCAGCGCGCACUCCGGGCCGGCCGGACUGCGCUGCUCCUUGCGGGGCUGCUCGUGGCUCUGUGGCAGCGCUGCGAUGCAAGUUGCCCGGAGAAAGACUUGGAGGACAGGGAAGAGGACGCCAACAUAGUUUUGACCGGCACCGUGGACGAAAUCAUUAACAUGGACCCGGUGCACAAUACCUAUUCUUGCAAGGUCAGGGUUUGGCGCUACUUGAAAGGGAAGUCCAACGUCAACCGCGAAAUUCUCCUUGAUGGCGGCAACAAGUUGAUGAUCGGUGGCUUUGGCAAUCCCGGGAUCUGCGACAACCAGGUGGCCACGGGAGACACUCGCAUAUUCUUUCUCAACCCUGCCCCGCAGUCCAUGGGCCCAGAACACAAGAACGAACUUAUGCUCAACUCAAGUCUGAUGAGGAUUACCCUGCGCAACCUGGAGGAUGUGGAGCACUGUGUGGAAGACAAACCUCCUCACUUCACACCGGCUCAGCCUCCUGAUGGCUGCAGAGGCAUGCUGUGUGGCUUUGGCGCUGUAUGUGAGCGUGACCAGACUGAUCCAUCCAAGGCAGAGUGUAUCUGCAAGAGAAUGGAAUGUCCAUCCUUGGUGGCGCCUGUUUGCGGCUCGGAUGCGUCCACCUACAGCAACGAGUGCGAGCUGGAGAAAUCUCAGUGCACCUCACAGCGACGCAUCAAGGUGCUGCGCAAGGGACCCUGCUCUCUGAAGGACCCCUGCACUGAGGUGACCUGCAGCUACGGCAGCACCUGUGUCCAGUCGUCAGAUGGCUUGUCAGCUAAAUGCAUGUGCCCCCUGGGCUGCGAGGGCAAGCCCGAGCAGACAGUGUGCGGCAGUGAUGGAAAGGACUACCGCAACGAGUGUGAGCUCCAUCAGCACGCCUGCAAUAACCAGAAGAACAUACGAGUGCAAUACCAAGGGCACUGCGACCCGUGUAAAGACAGUGAGAACAGUCUGAACACGUUGUGCCGGGUUGAGGCUCUCACCCGCCAGCCCCUCCUCUUUAACCGGCCGGAGUCGUGCCCCCAAGAUAAUGAGCCUCUGUGUGCCAGCGACGGCCAAUCCUACUCCAGCGAGUGUGUCAUGAUGUCAACGGGCAGGCAGAAAGGCAUCAAGCUAAGGAAGAUCCAUGCAGGGCGUUGCAGAAGGCUGGAGGACUGUAAGGAGGACUGUCUCUUCAAUGCUGUGUGUCUAGUGGAACAGCUGAGCGCCCGCUGCUCCUGCGAUCCCAUCGAGUGCGACGGCACCUACAAGCCCUUGUGCGGCAAGGAUGGCCACACCUACCCCAACGACUGUGUUAGACGCAAGACAGAGUGCCUGAGCAGGACCCUCAUUCUCAUCAAGCACCCAGGGCCCUGUGAUCUCAGCAUACCGAGCCCCUGCUUGGAAAAGGUGUGCGAUCAUGGGGCGGUGUGCGUGGUCAAGAACGACGAGCCAGUGUGCGAGUGCCCAGAGGCCUGCCCGCAAACGUCCGACCCAGUGUGCGGAUCCGAUGGCCACAGCUACGGCAGUCCCUGCGAGAUGCGAGCAAUGGGUUGUGCCCUGCAAAGGACCAUUCACAUCCAACACAAAGGACCCUGUGAUGAGGCAUGCAGCAACUGCUCUUUCGGGGCGAUCUGCGAUGCCCAGAGCGGGCAAUGUGUGUGUGCAUCGGAGUGUGUGGAGUCCCACCAGCCUGUGUGCGGCAGUGAUGGCACCACCUACAACAGCGAGUGUGAGCUGCAUGUCCGGGCCUGCAAAGAACAGAUGGACCUCCGAGUGGUCAACCAGGGAGAGUGCAAAACAUGCGGCAGCACCAUUUGUGCCUGGGGUGCUCGGUGUGUCCAGAAUAAGUGUGAGUGCCCACAGUGCUUGGGCGAGGCCCUCUCCACGGUGUGUGGAAGCGAUGGCACCACCUACAACAACGAGUGUGAACUCCGCAUGUCCUCCUGCAUGCAGAAGAGGAGAAUUGAUGCAGUAAAGCCCGGCAGCUGCGACGAAGAGUGUGGCUCAGGAGGGUCCGGCUCAGGCGUGGAGAGCUGUGAACAGGACCGCUGUCGUACAUUUGGAGGCUCGUGGGACGAGGAUGCAGAGGACGACCGCUGUGUCUGUGACUUCACCUGCCAAAGUGUGCCUCACAACACGGUUUGUGGCUCAGACGGGAAAAACUACAGCAACGAGUGCGAGCUGAAGAAGGCCAGAUGUGAGAAACAAGAGCACUUGUUGAUUCAGACUCAGGGACCCUGUGCAGCGAUUUCAACCACAUCUCCGCCUGAGCUGACAGCUCCCCAGCACUGCAGUCUGUCUGUGUACGGCUGCUGCCACGACAACGUGACGGCCGCCUUAGGAGUCGGACUGGCUGGAUGUCCCAGUACCUGUCAGUGUAAUGUCUACGGCUCCUACAAACAAACAUGUGAUCCAGCCACCGGCCAGUGCUCCUGUAAGCCAGGUGUCGGGGGACAGAAGUGCGACCGCUGCGAGCCGGGCUUCUGGAACUUCCGUGGCAUUGUGACCGAGAACAUGAGCGGCUGCACGCCGUGCAACUGCGACGCCACAGGCUCCGUCCGGGACGACUGCGAGCAGAUGUCAGGUCUGUGUUCCUGCAAGACGGGAGUGAAGGGCAUGAAGUGCAAUGUGUGUCCAGAUGGAAGCAAGAUGGGCAUGAACGGUUGCGACAAAGGUCCUGAGGCUCCGACUUCAUGCGAAGAGUUAGUGUGCAGUUUUGGAGCUUCUUGCAUUGAGGUGAACGGCCAAGCCCACUGCGAGUGCCCCUCACCUGACUGUGAUGAGAAAAACAAGACCAAGGUGUGCGGCUCAGAUGGGGUGACCUAUGCCGACCAGUGCCAGCUGAGGACCAUAGCCUGUAGGCAAGACAAGGACAUCACAGUGCAACAUUUUGGACAGUGCACAGAAACCAUCUCUGAGCCGGCAGACCGACCCACCCCCAACCCCUCCGCCACCUCUCCCAGCUCAACCGCUGCCGCCACCAUCACCACCCCCGCCCCCUUCGACCGUAACAUGGUGUGGGGCAUCCCGCCUCCGAGGACAGCCGAGACAACAGUGACCACUGAGCAGCCCCCAGCCACCACCCCCUAUCCCAACCUCAUCCACACCCACCCCAUCCACACCCAGCCUCAGCCGCAGUCCACGCCCGCUGCCGCCACCACCCCCUCCUCUCGCAGCAGCCCUACCCCCUCAGCCGCUGCGGCCUCCUUCGAGGGCUCGGGCAGCGGGGAUCCAAGCGGGGACGACCAGACUGAAGAAGAGGAGCUAGAAGAGGAAGCGGGUAGCGGCAUCCCAACAGAGGCCAGUGGGGCAGAGGAGCCUGUCGGUCCCACGGUGGCAAGCACCACUGUACCCACAGCUGAGGACAGGUCAUCCUGUGACAACAAGGAGUUCGGCUGCUGCCCCGACGGCAAGACUCCAGCCAGCACUCCAGAUGGCGCCAACUGCCCCUCCACCAUGAGGUUCAGCGGUUUCCUGCACUUGGACCAGGUGGAGGGCCAGGAGAUUUUCUACACCCCCGAGAUGGAGGACCCCAAGUCGGAGCUGUUUGGAGAGACGGCCCGCAGCAUAGAGAGUGCUCUCAACGAGUUGUUCAGGAAGUCGGAAGUGCACAAAGACUUUAUGAGCGUUCGUGUCCGUAACCUGUCCCCCAGCAAAUCCAUCCUGGCCUUUGUGGAGGCCCACUUCAAACCAGAUACAAGAUACACGGUGGAGGCCAUCGAAGCAUCCCUGCUAAAGCAGCUGAAGGCCUCCAAAGACACCAGCAUCGCUGUGAAGAAGCCGGAGGAGGAGAAUAUUCGCUUCACCAAUUAUGGCCUCUCUUCCAUCCCCUUCUUCACCACCACUACCACCACCACGGCGUCAGUCACCACAGCUGCUCCCACCACCACAACCACCAGGCUCCCCCCAACCUCCGCUUACAUCACCCGGCGCCCGCCAGGCACUACCCGCAGGCCUUACAGCAGCAGACGCACCACCACAACCUCAGUGCCAGUCACCACACCGCUACCCACCACCACGGCAGCUGUCAGCACCACCACGCUGCCUCCAGCCACCACCAUCGCCCAUGUCAGGGGCAAGCUUCACCACAAGACCCAGAAGCCCUGCAGCUCCCACCCCUGCCUCCACGGGGGCACCUGCGAGGACGACGGCACUGACUUCAGCUGCAAGUGCCCCGCCGGGCGAGGAGGCUCUGUGUGUGAGAAGGUGAUCAAGUACUUCAUCCCGUCAUUUGGUGGCCAGUCGUACUUGGCUUUCCAAACAAUGAGUGCCUAUCACACAGUCCGCAUCGCCAUGGAGUUCAGAGCGUCCGAGAUGACCGGCAUCCUGCUCUACAACGGCCAGGAUGGCAAGAAGGACUUCAUCUCUCUGGCUCUGGUCAACGGCAGGGUGGAGCUCAGGUUCAACACAGGUUCAGGCACAGGCACAGUGGUCAGCAAAGUACAAAUCAAUCAGGGACGCUGGCACCAGCUGGUGGUCACUCGCAACCGCCGCAACGCCAUGCUCAGUGUGGACAACGAGUCGCACAUUGAGGGCGAGAGUCCACACGGCACAGACGGCCUCAACCUUGACACCGACCUGUUCAUCGGGGGAGUGACGGAGGAAAUGAAGCAGGAUGUGAAGGAAAGGACGGCAGUAGCCACAGGCCUGGUGGGAUGCAUCCGCAUGCUGGAUGUCAACAACCGGGUGCUCAACCUGCAGGAGAACGGCGGCGACAGUCUGUAUGGCAGCUCCGUGGGUGAAUGCGGCAACAACCCCUGUCAGCCAAAUCCCUGCAAGAACGGCGCUGCAUGCCAGGCCAAGGAGGCAGAGAUGUUCCACUGCAAGUGCAGCAAAGGAUUCUGGGGUCCAACUUGUGCUGACGUCCAUGAUCCAUGCGAGCCCAACAGGUGCCAUCCAUCCUCCCAGUGCCAGGCGCUGCCCGAGGGAGGCUACAAAUGCGAGUGCCCCAUGGGACGUGAAGGGCGGCACUGCGAGACAGUGGCUGAGAGGACAGGGGCUUACAUGCCACUAUUCAGCGGAGACUCUUACGUGGAGCUGAAGGGACUCCAUCUGUACGGGCACGACCUGCGUCAAAAGCUCAGCAUGACAGUGAUUCUCAUGGCCAAUGACUCCAACGGUUUAAUCUUCUACAACGGCCAAAAAUCGGACGGAAAAGGAGACUUCAUCUCACUGUCCCUCAAUGACGGGAUCCUGGAGUUCCGCUACGACCUGGGGAAGGGACCCGCUACCAUCAGGAGUAAGGACCCAAUCCAGCUGAACGUGUGGAACACCAUCAACCUGGAGCGCUCCAGCCGCAAAGGAGAGAUCAUGGUGAACAAGAAGGACCCUGUCCGAGGGGAGGCACCGAACCUGCACACAGAGCUUAACCUGAAAGAGUCUCUUUUUGUCGGCGGAGCUCCCGAUUACAGCCGGCUCGCAAGAGUCGCUGCACUUACUGAUGGCUUCAAGGGAACAAUCCAAAAGAUCAUUCUGAUGGGUACCCCCAUCCUCAGAGAGGAGAACGCCAUGCGCUCUAUCAACAUAGCCAUGUUCCAGGACCAUCCGUGUUCCCAGGAGCCCUGCCACAACGGCGGCCGCUGCAACCCCCAACUUGACACCUACGAAUGCGUUUGCCUCAAUGGUUUCUCAGGGGGACGCUGUCAGAACACCAUCUACGAGAAGUCUGCUGGAGAGACUGAGGCCAUCGCCUUUGACGGGCGGACGUUCAUUGAGUACCACAACGCCGUUACAAGGAGUGAGAAGGCUCUGCUGGUGAACAAGUUUGAGCUGAGCAUCCGGACGGAGGCAACCCAGGGCCUGGUGCUGUGGAGUGGGAAGGGUGUGGAGCGCUCUGACUACAUUGCCCUGGCCAUCGUGGACGGACAUGUCCAGAUGACGUACGACUUGGGCUCCAAGCCCGUGGUGCUGCGCUCCUCGGUGCGUGUCGACACCAACCGCUGGAUACGCAUCAAGGCCAGCAGAGCACUUAGAGACGGCUCUCUACAGGUUGGCAAUGAGGCAGCAGUAACAGGGUCAUCGCCUUUGGCAGCAACACAGCUGGACACAGACGGAGCGCUCUGGUUGGGUGGUCUGGAGGAGCUGGCGGUGGCCCGUCGGUUGCCCAAGGCCUACAGCACCGGCUUUGUUGGCUGCGUCAAGGAUGUGGUGGUGGACGGCGUGGAGCUCCACCUGGUGGAGGACGCCUUAAACAGCCCCCAAAUAUUACACUGUUCCGCCGCCAAAUAACUCGGCAGAGACAAAAUGUUGAGAAAAAAGGAAAAAAGAAACCCUCCCACCCACUCCCUCCAUAGCGCCCAUGUCUCCUGCUGUAAUUAUUUUCUAUUUUUGUAUACUUUUCAUCGCUUUUUAUAUGGAAAGAAAAUUAAUAUGUCGUUUUAAUUUUUGUUUUAUAUAUUUUGUUCUUUUUUUUAAAUCUGCACCUCUGUUCACAGAACACACUUUUUCUUUUUCUUUUCUGCUCCGGCCCUUCAUCUUUUUCAAAAAGCAGGCGUCUCUGUGAAAAAGAGAUACUUUAUCCUCGUCAGUUUUGUUGUUUUAAAACAAACGGCAACUUAAAAAAAAAAAAAAGCCUGCUCCUUUUCCUCGCUCAUUACUUGAACACUGGUGGACCUCGCUGAUGAUCUCUGGUUACUGCCUUGUCUUGGUGCCAUAUCUAUCGUCCACAUUCCCCAAGCAUGGCCUAUACAUCCAUGAAUAUAUAGACGUACAUUCCCCCUUGAGAGCUGGACACAGUGUGUGCUGCAGCCUGUGUGUGCGCUUCUUUGACGCUGCAGCCAGCUGGCGUCUCCAGUCAAGGAACUCUGUAUUCAGCCCCGGUAGCCAACUGUAUUUUCCUAAUGGGACUUUUCAGAUAUCAGUCAAGCUGCUACAGUGAGAAAGUACACAGUCGAAACCACUCGAUCAACCCCCAUCUCACAGCGCCAAAAAAAGAAAGAAAAAACUCUCCACUCAAUCUGAAUCCCAUCAGAGCCUUUAGUUUUGAAAUAUGACUCACUAACACUGCAACCCGACAUGACGGAGACGGAGAGAGCGCUGUGUUCCACAAUGACUUGCAUAUCAUUAGUCAUAAGUCAAGAAAUGAAUCAUAGACAUGAAUAAAUGUUAUAAAUAUAGAGUAUAUAAAUAAUACCUGAGACUGUGAAUAUGUAAGAUGGGUUCUCUUUGGAGAAUUGUGCUUCUCAUGUACUAUUGUGCGUUCUGUUUUACAAUCAGCAGAUGAACUAAUGAUGACCACUAUAAAUGCAUGCACUUCUGCAGUGUUGGUUUGAAUCUGGUUUUUGUUUUUUUGUUUUUUUGUUUUUAUUCACGUUUUGUUCCACAAAAAAAAAAACUUUUUAAUUUGGAAAAUGUCACUGUUUGGGGGUUUGUUUGUUUUUGACUAUAAAAAGGUUACUUUUUUUCUCUUAUUUCCACUGAUGUGAUUUCAGAAACUACAGAGCUCAGAAUAAUGUUUUAUAUUUGUUCAUUCCCUGUGUCUUAUUUUUUGGUCUUUUUUAUUUUUCUUGGAAGCUGUUAGUUUUGCAGGACCUUGAAUGGUGCAUAACGGGGAAGAGUUGUUACCAUAUCUGACCUUAAGGAGGCGCUGAAAGCAAAGACUGAAGAAAAGGACAGACAUAAAGGAGGACAGAUCUUAUCAUGGGGGGAGCUACUACUCUUGGGAAUGUCCUGUCAGACAACAGUCAGUCGUCAACACAAACAAAAAAGCUUAAAAACAACAACAACUGAGACUUAAUUUCUUUUUUCGUAUUUGACCAAGGAGCAUUCCCGGAGGAGUCUCUAUUCGGCUGUUGAGUGAGAGAGAGAGAGAGACUGUGAUGUUGUUGUGACCUUUUGAAGCCAUAACAGCCGCAAAAAUGGGAAAAGAUGCAUAAUCCUACAGUACUUGCAAAUUAACAUAGUGACGCAUGGGUUUGUAUUACUAGUGCGAAUUCUGUAACAUUCAGUGAACUGAUGCAACGUGGAGUCGUCCUUGCUGAACCACAAUAAGCUGCGAUGACUGACUUAAAGACACUUGUUUUGAUAUGAGAACCUUGGCAAUAUUCUGAGACAAAAUCAUGCUUGUUCGUGGUUGAGUAUCAAAUGGUCUUGUACUAUUUUUUUUUUCUUCUUCCUUUAAUUAUGUUUUCCUUCUUAAAUCAUCAACAACCUGUUUUUGUACAGCCCUGCAAUUUUUAAGUGUAAAUUUAGCAAAUGUGUGAUCUGUGGAGGUUUAUGUUUUUAGUAAUAUACACUGGAACCAUGUCUGACUUGUCUGUUCGCCCACACGAUUAUAUACUUAUGUACAUGGGGGAGGGAGAGCCCUGAAACUAUAACUGCGUUGUUGGGUGUGAUCAAGCUCUUGAGUGUCUACACCAGACCAGGAAACUCUUUUCUGGUGUCCCAAUACACGUUUAAAAUUCCAGCACCAACUCUAACUAUAGACUUGUAUUACUUUUACCCCACUGUUCUUUGAAUUUGAUCCAUUCAGGUGGUAACGCUCAAUAAAGGAGGGAUUCCUGUGUAUUUGGAUGGACUUGAGAACAAUAAAUACAGCUGCAGUCUAUGGUUUGGGUGGAAACUAUGAAUUGCCUUAAAAACUGGUCACCUCCACUCUGAGCAGGUGACAAAUACGUCAUCCAUAUAACCGUUUCCUUACUUUAACCAGUGUAUUAGCCUCAUCCCCAUGAUGUAAAUGAGUAAUACAUAAUAAUAAUUAUAUUAGUAAUAAUGCUCAUACACAAAAGAAAAUCCCAGGGGGCCUCUGCAAAUGUCCCCUGUGGCUUUUUACAAAAAAUCUUCUAUUUACUGUUUUUUGAAUCUAUUUUCUGUUCCUUAUUUAUGUCUACAUGUGGAUUACCCUCCAUGUCUGGCCUCUGUAAACUACUGUCUGACUGCGCAAACCUCCUCAAAGGGCAGUGCACCAAGUGAGAGUGGCAUGACCUGAACAUUACUAACUUUAUGACCUUUGUCUUGUGUUCCUACCACCAUGAAAUAAAAUGUCAACCAAAUGGA